AUGGGAUUACUCUGGCGCAGCCGAGCGUUCGAUGCGAUUACGCCCCCGCCUCCCUUCCUUCUUCGAAUGUCGAAGUUCCACCCUGGUCACGAUCCACAGAUCGCACGUGUGAAUAUAGUCAAGUAUGUCAAGCCACCGAUGGAUAGGAUUAUGCCGAUUAUGAGGAAAGGGUUUUUGACCAGGCUCCGUGGAUUUCGAGCUCAACGACAGCUGACGCAAGAAACGACGCCGAAAAAGAACGAAUAG